UAUUGCAUAGAGAUUGAUGGAAGCAGAAACCAAAACUCUUCCCCUGGAGAAUGCAUCCAUCCUUUCAGAGGGCUCCUUACAGGAAGGACACCGGUUAUGGAUUGGCAACCUGGACCCCAAAAUCACAGAAUACCACCUCCUCAAGCUCCUCCAGAAAUUUGGCAAAGUAAAGCAGUUUGACUUCCUCUUCCACAAGUCAGGUGCUUUGGAGGGACAACCUCGGGGUUACUGUUUUGUUAACUUUGAAACUAAACAGGAAGCGGAACAAGCCAUCCAGUGUCUCAAUGGCAAGUUGGCUUUAUCUAAGAAGCUGGUGGUGCGAUGGGCUCAUGCGCAAGUAAAGAGAUACGAUCAUAACAAAAAUGAUAAGAUCCUUCCGAUCAGCCUUGAGCCAUCAUCCAGCACCGAGCCCGCUCAGUCUAACCUAAGCGUCACUGCAAAGAUAAAAGCUAUUGAAGCAAAGUUGAAAAUGAUGGCCGAGAAUCCUGAUGCAGAGUAUCCAGCCGCACCUGUUUAUUCCUACUUUAAGCCGUCAGAUAAAAAAAGGACUACUCCUUAUUCUAGAACAGCUUGGAAAUCUCGAAGAUGAUGGUUAUGAAUUGCUUACCGUAGCAGCAAAAGCAAAUUGAUCUCCACACCUGAAAUCCUCUGCCUUUGUACUUUGUAGAUGUGAAUCCAACAGAGCACAGUCACGUGUGAGAGUUUGGUGUUACAACAUUUUUUAAUCUUCUUAUGGAUGUUUCUUCCUUGAAGUAUGUGUGGAAUUGAGCACCAUCCAGAAUAAAUAGGAUUGUAUCCAAAACUGUGAUUUGAACACUGGGAUGUUCUUGUUGGCUGGUUUGUUUGGCUUUGUAACCCAGAAAGGUUAUAUAGUAUGCCAGCGAGAAAAGAAAACAUAGAAAGUGUUAUUAUUUAAAUUAAGACACUAAAUUUACUAAUAUGUUUCUUAAAAAAAGAAAAAUAGAUCAUUUUUCU